UUAAUGUCCUAAAAGUAUAAAAGAAAGUGACCUGCUAUCAGACAGACGCAUUUAAUCUUGUUGUCAGUGUUUUCACACGAAUUGCCGGCAUCGGGGAUCGAAAAAUGUUGACUUUAUUUGCAGUGUUAACAUUAGCGUCGCUUCCCUCUCUGGUCGAGAGUUCACAAAAGAAGGGAGUAGCCGCCAAUACGGCUUCUUUAAUGUGCGAUGAUUUCCGUGUGCUGAAUAACAUAGCGUGGUGGUACAGUUGGGGCAAGGACUACGAGCAGUUUAAACACGCAUGCCCGAACUCGCACGCGGCCCCAUUCGUACCCAUGGUGUGGUCGCUGCAUAGCGGCCAGAGCAUCCACAUUGCGUCGGGCUCGCAGUACCUACUCGGUUUCAACGAGCCCGACUUCGCCGAACAGGCUCACGUGUCACCUCAAGAAGCUGCUAAUUUGUGGAAGGUGGUUGAGCAGGCGGCCAACGGCAUCGCGCUCGUGGCGCCAGUGCCGGCUUUACCAAACUUUCAAUGGCUUGAUCAGUUCUUCGCGGCUUGCCAUGGAUGCCGGAUCGACUAUGUCGCUGCCCAUACUUACAAUUGUAGAGCUGAGGAAGUCAUAGGCUAUUUGAAGUCGUUGUACAACCGCUACCACAAGAAGGUGUGGCUGACCGAGUUCGCAUGCGCCCACACUGGUGACAUGAACGUUCAGUUGAAUUUCAUAAAGAGUGUGUUGCCGCAGUUGGAGGCAGCAGAUUUCGUCUAUCGCUACUCCUGGUUCGCUGGGAGGAUAAGACAUUAUAACCCAACCGGGUUUGUCCGCCAGUCUGCCAGUCUGUUGCAUAGCGACUCCUCUACCUUGACAACGCUUGGUCAAUUCUACAACAACUUCCACGACGGUCACGGCACUUCCGUCGUUGGAUAAAUUGUUAUACGAAAUUGUUAUCCGAUAUAGACGUAAUACAACUUUC